CGGGCGGCGGAGCGGAGCCACCAGGCAGUCCUCAGCCCCGGCGCAGACACGCCUGCUGCGCGCGUCCGCGCUCUCGUUCGGGGUGUAUGUGCAAGAGAAGCAAAAGAUGAAUUACUUUUCAGUCCCGUCUCCACUUGAAAUCCGCACCAUCCCCUGAAACUGCACUUGGACUAUACGAUGAUUGCGCAUACUUACUUACUGGAAAACCCCCCUUCCCACCCUCAGGAAUAAAAAGGCAGAGCAGCGGAACCGUAAGAGAGUGACUGCUGCAAGAUGAAGUUUGGAAAGAGUAUUUGCAUCUUGAACGUCGGCGGCACCAAGUACGCAUUCCCCAGGGACGUGAUAAAGGACUUUCCCCUCCAGCGAGUGAGCCGCCUGCACAGCUGCGCCUCCGAGAAAGAGGUGCUGGAGGUGUGUGACGACUACGACCGGGAGAGCAACGAGUUCUUUUUUGACCGGCACUCGGAGGCGUUCGUCUUCAUUAUGCUCUACGUGAAGUCCGGCAAGCUGCGCUUCGUCCCGCGGAUGUGCGAGCUCUCCUUCUACAAUGAGAUGGUCUACUGGGGGCUGGAGAGCUCCCACCUGGAGUACUGCUGCCAGCGACGGCUGGAUGACAGGAUGUCGGACUCCUUCACCUACUUCUCGGAGGAGGACAUCAAGCCCGAGGAGGACCUGGAGACCGUGGGAGGGGGCGCCAGGUGGCUGGAGAGGAUGAGGAGGACUUUCGAGGAGCCCAUGUCCUCCGUGGCUGCUCAGAUCCUCGCCUCGGUCUCCGUGAUCUUUGUGAUCGUGUCCAUGGUCAUACUGUGUGCCAGCACCCUGCCCGACUGGGACAGUGCCAAGAACAACAGCGUGGCAGAGCACAGGAUCAUCGAGGCUGUGUGCAUCGGCUGGUUCACAGCUGAGUGCAUCGUGCGCUUCCUGGUGUCCCGCGAUAAGUGCGAGUUCCUGCGGCGUCCACUGAACGUCAUUGACCUGCUGGCCAUCGCUCCAUACUAUGCCUCAGCGCUGGCAGCAGCUGUGACAGGCGAGAGCUCGCAACUGCAGCGUGCCGGCGUCACGCUGCGUGCCCUACGCAUGAUGCGUAUCUUCUGGCUCAUCAAGCUGGCACGCCACUUCCUGGGCCUGCAGUCACUUGGGCUGACGCUGCGGCGCUGCUACCGUGAGAUGGUCAUGUUGCUGGUGUUUGUGGGCGUGGCCAUGGCCAUCUUUGGUGCACUAGCCCAGCUGCUGGAGCAUGGCUUGGACCUGGUGCCCAGCAGUGAGGACUAUGCCAGCAUCCCGGCCGCCUGCUGGUGGGUUAUUAUCUCCAUGACCACAGUGGGCUAUGGAGACAUGUACCCCAUCACCAUGCCCGGGCGCAUGCUGGGCGGCCUCUGUGUGGUCAGCGGCAUCGUGCUGCUGGCACUGCCCAUCACAUUCAUCUACCACAGCUUCGUGCAGUGCUACCAUGAGCUGCGGCUGCGCUCGGCUCGUUACCACCGCAGCCUCUCCACUGAGUUCCUCAACUGAGUGGCACGGGUCAGCCCCUCUCCAGCACUCACCUCCCAUCAAACUGGGAAACUCCCUAUUGUGCACCUCCUUUCUUUGGCCAGAAGACUCUUCUGACACAUUUGUUCCUGCAUUCUGGCCACAGGGGCAUGUCAGGGUUUUUGUAAGGGCAUGACAGGUACCCAUGGUGAGAGUAACCAAUAGGAAAAGCUGUUAGAUCAUGGGUACCUAGCUUAUAUACGUCCAUGGAAGUCAGGGACACGUAAUUAAGAACCGGUAAUUAUUUCUCAAGCUUCCUCGUGCAGGUGAACGAUAUUGACGAACAAAGUACCAGAGGUUCCGAUGCAUCAAAGCAAAAGUGAUAUAAUAUUCUGAUCCAGUCCAGAGUGAGGACAGCAAGUUCUAACAUGAUGUGAUGACAGGUACAUCCCGGUGUCCUGCAUAAUGCCACCGGGAUUCUAUUGAUCGAGCCCUUUGCAGUGACAGCUGCUCUAUGUCUGGAAGGUAAGACUCUUUCCAGUAGAUGAUUGGCUUAUUGAUGGCAGCCAGCUAGCCAAUGGACAUGAACUACCCAGUUCACCAUGAGCUGACUUUCUAUCGAGGCUCCGGAGGUGAUGCCAUGGGUCGGCCCUUGGCCCCUCUCUUCUGUCACAGGGGCCCAUAAGGAGAGGCAGCUGCCCCCUCAGGCUGGUACCCCACCACUGCCGCCAUGCCAUGGCGGGGGUUCAGUUCCCUCAGUCUCGGGGGGCAGUUUCCCUCCCUGUCAGCGCUGACCAUGUCACCUCCUUCCCUCAAACCUCUACCACUGCUCCAUUGGCCUCCCCUUCCUCCUCUGAAGACUUCCAGGCCCCCUAGCUGCCAGGAAGAGCUACUGCACCCAGUGAUGUCAACACUGUCUCUCCGUUUGACUUACUUACAUAUCUAACAUCAAACUUCCUGGGCAGUAGGCAGCUAAAUGGGGGUGAAAGGCUGCAUGUGACGCUUCCUCACGUCCCUCUGUCUCUGCCUGCAGUAGACAGUCCACCAGCAGCUUUUGUCACAUGACUUUUGCCGGAUGUUCAUCAGAGGGGUGUCACCUCUGUGCCACCAGUCAUCCAGGGUCACAAGAUCACAUUCAGGACACUCAAGGUCAUCCAUCAACAGCAGCUUGAAAGCCAUGUUGUUUUCUAGUUUUGUUAAUAAUUUUUCUAAAAGUAUUACUUAAAUAUAUAAAUAUAUCCAAAGUAACAUCUAAAUUGUUAUUGAACGCAAUUAAUCUUCAAAAGACCAAGCUUGAAUACUAUGGUUGCUCUCUAGGUGAAAAAUAACAGCGCUUCCUGAACAUUCCUGGAGGAGAAUAUAUAUUCUCCGUGCUUCAUUGCAUGAUGAGUUUUGAAAAUUAAAAUGGAAAAACGCUGUGUAAAAGUUAUAAGCUGAACUGGAGUUCCGCUGCUUCCUGCUAUGUGAACAGUGCAACUGGAUGAUGUUGGACUUCCACUGGGAAUAAACCUUCAUACUGGACCUGUCAGGC